GGUGGGCAGUUAGUCGGCGGGUUCCGCGGGCGCUGGGUGGCUGGCGGCAGCGGCGGCGACGCGGCUCAGAUCGAGGCCAUGGAGCGCAGAGUGCAGCAGGUUCGCGACGCGUUUCGGUCGGGCCGCUCGCGGCCCCUGAAGUUCCGGCUGCAGCAGCUCGAGGCCCUGCGGAGGAUGGUCCAGGAGCGCGAGAAGGACAUCCUCGCGGCCAUCCGCGCCGACCUGGGCAAGAGUGAACUCAAUGCGUACAGUCAUGAAGUUAUUACUAUCCUUGGGGAAAUUGAUCUUGUGCUGGAGAAGCUUCCUGAAUGGGUUACUCCUGAACCAGCUAAGAAGAAUCUGCUCACCAUGAUGGAUGAGGCCUAUGUUCAACCUGAACCCCUGGGAGUUGUUUUGAUUAUUGGAGCUUGGAACUACCCCAUUGUUCUCACCAUUCAGCCUCUCAUAGGAGCCAUUGCCGCAGGGAAUGCAGCAAUUAUCAAGCCUUCUGAACUAAGUGAAAAUACAGCCAAGGUCUUGGCUAAGCUGCUUCCUCAAUAUCUAGAUCAGGAUCUGUAUGUUGUUAUUAACGGUGGUGUGCCGGAAACUACAGAACUUCUGAAACAGCGGUUUGACCACAUUCUUUAUACUGGAAACACUGCAGUUGGAAAAAUUGUCAUGGAAGCUGCUGCCAAGUAUCUGACUCCUGUCACUUUGGAACUGGGAGGGAAGAGUCCAUGCUAUAUUGACCAAGAUUGUGACCUGGAUGUUGCCUGCAGACGCAUAGCCUGGGGGAAGUACAUGAAUUGUGGUCAAACCUGCAUUGCUCCUGACUACGUUCUCUGUGAACCAUCCCUCCAGAGUCAAGUCGUGCAGAAGAUUAAGGAGACUGUGAAGGAAUUUUAUGGAGAAAAUAUUAAAGAAUCUCCUGAUUAUGAAAGAAUCAUCAAUCUUCGUCAUUUUAAGAGGAUACAGAGUUUGCUUGAAGGACAAAAGAUAGCUUUUGGUGGGGAGAUGGAUGAAGCCACACGCUACAUAGCCCCAAUAGUACUUACUGAUGUUAAUCCUAAAACCAAGGUGAUGCAAGAAGAAAUUUUUGGGCCAAUUCUUCCAAUAGUGCCUAUCAAGAAUGUAGAUGAAGCCAUAAACUUUAUAAAUGACCGUGAAAAGCCCCUGGCAUUAUACGUAUUUUCUCGUAACAAUAAGCUCAUCAAGAGGAUGAUUGAUGAAACCUCCAGUGGCGGGGUCACAGCCAACGAUGUCAUCAUGCACUUCACACUCAAUUCUUUACCCUUCGGAGGAGUUGGGUCAAGUGGAAUGGGAGCUUAUCACGGAAAACACAGUUUUGACACCUUUUCUCACCUACGUCCCUGUUUAUUGAAAAGCUUAAAGGGAGAAAGUGCUAACAAACUUAGAUACCCUCCCAAUAGCCAGUCAAAGGUGGAUUGGGCCAAAUUUUUUAUCCUGAAACGGUUCAACAAAGGAAAACUUGGUCUUCUGUUCCUCGCCUUCCUGGGCAUUGUGGUGGCUGUGCUCAUCAAGAAAUACCAACCUGUGCUGAAGAGAAAGGCCCUGUUGAUUUUUCUGGCAGUUCACAGACUGUGUUUUCCAGUAAACUGAGAUGAACAGCAGAUGUCAGAACCCAGUUCUGUCUUUUAAGAGCGAGGCUGGAUAUUACUGAAGAACGAUCCUCUUCAACUUCCUACUUGCCUCUACCAGAUUAUUCCUCUAUUAAUGAAGCAGCACUUCUUAAUCUUAUCAAGAAUUGUUAGAAAAUAUGCAAGUUGCACUAUCAUUAAGUCUACGAGUCAUUGCCAAUCGCUUAUUUUUCAAACCUUGCCCUUUAAUAAAGUCCCAGUAUAGUAAGGAAACCUGGAGAAUCUCUCCCAGGUUGUGUUUCCUAGACCUUAAAGCUUUGGGUUAGGAUUGGGCAGGCACUCUGUUAAGCUAAAUCAGAGUUCUUUGGGGUGGGGGAUGGGGCGGUCUUAGCUAAAGGAGUCUUAGCUGCCCAGUGGCUUGUCUCUCUAGUUCAUGGAACACAGGCAUCGCCACUCCUCCCACCCACAUCUCCUCUGCUGUCCUCAUUAUUCUCUGUGAAGCGUUUAAGAGCCCAGGCCUCCCCACAGUGGCCAAUCGUCUUCUCCAUCCAGCAGGGGAAGCGAGAUCUUCCUCUUCUGCCUGAAGCUUAGGGGAAGUGAUGAGAUGGGGGGUGCUCUAUCUGACCACUGGGACUUGAGGACUAGACCUCCAGGAGUUGGCCCAUCUCACCUGUGAUGUUUCUUCUCCCUCCAUUCUCUGACCUGUAUUUGGUUUGUGACAGUCUCUGGGACUGUCCAUUGGGUCCUUUGUGACUAAUACCUCUCAGCACCUUGUAAAUCCUAGGGCUUACUUGAAGUAGUCACCAGUUUUACACAAGAUUAAUUUUUAUUCUUAAUGGUGUAGGAGUUGUAGAAUUUUUUUAUCUUAUAAAAUCUAGCUAGCAUUUAAAAAUAUUUUUCAAUAAUACUUUUUAUGAUACUUGUAUAAUAACACUUAUCUCAGGACCCUAAAGUUGUACGUUUAUAGAUCUUUAAAGCUAAAUCUUUUGUUUAUUUCUGUAGCACAGUGCAACUAAAUUUCACGUUUUUAAACUUCAGCGAAAUCCCUUUCUGAAUAAAUUCAGCCUAUAGAACUUGAAAGUAAGCCAUUUCUUAUGGACAAGAAAGAGCCCUUGGAUAAUCAAGACUCUGGAGCCUGAGGUCCUUACAGGGUUGACAGUGGAUCGUUGGAGAAGCUGGAGAAUUGUGAGCUACAGUGACUGACCAUGUGGAGGGGCUGGAGGACACUGGACAAGGUGCUCCUAAAUGUGGCCAAGACCUGAGGUGCUUUGGCUCAGAGGAGAAGCGAUGAAACCGCGUGAGUCCAGCCUUCCUGCUGGUGAGUGACCGUGUGACUUCUGACUGAACGGAACUGCCCCGGCACCUAACCUCUGAUCUAUACAAGCAGAUUGAGUCCACUUAGACAGUGGAUUCACUUUUUAGAACGUACGAUCAUUCAAAUGGAAUGAGUUUGUUGUAUUAAGGCUGCCUCUAUGUAUGUCUUUAUCACUGUAUGAGAUGCCAAGAAUUAAUCAUUUGAACUGUGAUUUUAUCCAGUUAACUAGUUACAAAAUAUUUUAGACAAUUUUAAGUGGGACUUUCCAUGUAGUAUAUUAAAUUGUACAUUAUAUGAAGUAAAUUAUGUACUUGUUUAUUAAUAUAUUCUGCUCAAAAUAAACAGUUGUUACGCA